AUGCAUCACAUAUAUGUUCACAUUGAGAAAGCUGCGACAGAAGCUGCAUUUUGCUUGCGAGGGUUCAUACGAACAACAGUAGUCCAGCGGGGACACAUAGGCUUUGCGAUCUUGGGUAUGUCAUGGUCAACGGUUGUCGAAGUAAGGAGAUAG